AUGAAGUGGCUCAUCCUGGCUCUGGUUUGCCUCCAGCUCUCCGAGGGGCUGGUGAGAGUCCCUUUGAGGAAAGGCAAGUCCAUGGGACAGGCAAUGAAGGAGAAGGGAGUGCUGGAGGAUUUUCUGAAGCACCAUAAAUAUGAUCCAGGCAGGAAGUACCACUUGAAUGAACUCAACGUUGCUCAUGAGCCAAUGACCAACUACCUGAACUCCUUCUACUUCGGAGAGAUUAGCAUUGGGACUCCCCCCCAGACCUUUUUGGUUGUCUUCGACACCGGCUCCUCUAACCUGUGGGUGCCAUCUACCUACUGCCAGGACAAGGCCUGUACCAAUCACGCAAAGUUCAACCCUAAUGCGUCAUCCACCUAUUCCAGCAUUGGAGAGUCUUACACCCUGUGCUACGGCGUCGGUGACUUGUAUGUUCUGCUGGGGUACGAUACAGUGAUGGUCCAGAAUAUCACGGUCAGAAAUCAGGAGUUUGGCCUGAGUGUGGAUGAGCCCACUGAUCCCUUCUACUAUUCCAAUUAUGAUGGGGUUUUGGGAAUGGCUUAUCCAGGUGUAGCGAUACCGGGCUUCAACACGCUAAUGCAGAACAUGGUGCAGCAGGGCCAGCUGUCUGAACCCAUCUUCAGUUUCUAUUUCUCCCGCAACCCAACCUACCAGUAUGGAGGGGAAGUCAUCUUAGGAGGAAUUGACUCUCAGCUGUUCACUGGGCAGAUCACGUGGGCCCCUGUCAUUGAGGAGGUCUACUGGAAGAUCGCUCUUGAUGAAUUCUCCAUUGGAAAGAAUAACACCAGCUGGUGCAGCCAGGGCUGCCAUGCCAUUGUGGACACGGGGACAUUUCUGCUCACCGUCCCUUACCAGUACCUGGGGGACUUCCUGAAUGCUGUGGGAGCUCAGGAGAGCUAUGGCAAUUAUGUGGUUGACUGCAGCAGCAUCCAGAACAUGCCCACGCUCACCUUCGUCAUCAAUGGGGUCAAGUUCCCGCUGCCGCCCUCCAUCUACGUCUUCAACGACCAUGGCUAUUGCUCUGUCGCUGUGGAGGAGACUUACGUGGCUUCCGAGAGUGGGCAUCCGCUCUGGAUCCUGGGUGAUGUUUUCCUGAGACAAUACUACUCUGUUUUUGACAUGGCCAACAACAGAGUGGGCUUUGCCCUCUCGAACUAGACAAACCUGGUGAUCAGCUGAACCGGACGACAUCAUUCACUUGCCUAGCUACUGCCUGCUUUCUCCUGGACACUGUGAUGGAAUCGCUAGAUCAUAGCCCCCUUCAUGCACCUUAGA